AUGUCUUCUACUAUGAGAGCUAUACUGAUCUCCGAGUUCGGUCAAGUCGAGAAUCUAGUCAUCAAAGACGUCCCCAAACCAUCAGUAUCAGCCCCUGGUACAGCGCUCAUCCGCAUCAAAGCCUUCGGUAUCAACCACGCAGAAAUGCAUAUGCGCCGAGGCGAAUGGGCAGAGUCAGUUCCAAUCAGUGGUAUCGAAUGCGUUGGAAUCAUCGAAGAAUGUCCGGGAGGAGAAUUCACUACAGGGACACCAGUUGCAACCCUCAUGGGCGGCCUCGGUCGGACCAUACCUGGUAGUUACGCAGAGUAUACCGUCGCAAAUACUAACAACAUAGUCGCACUGGGCGAAUCUGGAGAACGACUACCGCUGUCUUGGGCAGAUGUAGCUGCGCUGCCUGAAAGUUAUGCUACAGCGUGGACGUGCCUAUUUCGAAAUCUAGGUCUUCAGCGUGGACAGAGGGUUCUUAUUAGAGGUGCUACCUCAUCUUUUGGAAGAGCGGCGAUCAAUCUUGCUGUCGAUGCAGGGGCUAUCGUCACUGCGACAUCUCGCAACGAAGCCAAGUUUGCCAUGUUGCGAGACCUCGGAGUCACGGAGACAUUCCUUGAAACGCCCAACCUGAGCAAACACCUCCAUGCAAGCGGCGAGUUCAAGAAGUUCGAUUCGGUACUGGAUUUGGUUGGAAACAGCACAAUUGUCGACUCGUUGCAACUAGUCCGUCGAGGCGGACGCGUCUGCCUGGCAGGAUGGCUAGGAGGUUUAGAUCCCAUCAAAGGACCAGCGGACUGCUACCGGAACUGCUCCUUCGGCGACUGUUGA